AUGCUUUCACUCAUCUCGAGGGUAUGUUUGACUCAAUCAACGCUUUCAUGGGAGCGGAUGGAGAGCAAGGAGCGUGCUCUGUGCGCCACUGAGAAGACUUCGCUUGCAAAUGAGUCGCAAGUGCGCGGUUCGGAGGCUGACCUAAUCGAGCAACGUGCGCAGGCUGAACUUGUGGCCGCCAAGAAGCUCAUCAAGAAUUGCAACUACUACGACCGCAGAGCGUGUGCUGAUUUCGUGAAGCAGUUUAAGGUUGACGAAAGAAACGAAGGAGGUGCGUGA